AUGAGAUUCAUCGCCCGGUACCGUCUUUGCAAGAUCCUAACUCCAAUCCUCUCUACGUUCAUCAUGCCGAUCACGCUGGUAUUGCUUUUUUUUCCUGAGAAACUAGCGGGUCUAAGCAACUUCAACACUUGGCGUAGAUCAACGCUUAUGGCUUUAGGAGCUAGGAACAAGGCUGUAUUUGUUGAUGGAACCUUUGCGGAAGUAGAUAUGAGUCAUCCUGAUUAUGCGUCUUGGUCUCGUUGUAACAACAUUGUUUGUACUUGGAUCGUGAAUGCUGUGGAGAAAUCGAUUGCGAAGAGCAUCAUGUACUUGACUACAGCGAGGCAGAUGUGGCUGGACAUUCAUGACCAGUUCAAACAGAGUGAUGGACCAAGGACAGCAGAGAUUAAGCAGCAAAUCUUCGCAGAGACGCAAGGUUUUCAGAGUGUGAGCGAAUAUUAUACGAAGUUGAAGCAGCUCUGGGAGGAGUUGAAGAAUCAUGAGAGCCCUUAUACUUGUUGUUGUAGUCGUCUGGAUUGUCCUAGCCUCAAGAGGAUUAUUGAUCGUGAUGAGCAAGAUCACAUUUUGAAGUUUCUUACAGGUCUUAAUGAGACAUUCACUGUGACUAGAGGUCAGAUUCUCAUGAUGGAGCCCAAGCCUAAUAUCUCCAAGGUGUUCAAUCUAGUCUGUCAGGAGGAAAGGCAACGUUCGAUGAAAAGUACAAGCAGUGUUGCCUUCAAUGUGUCCCACACAGCUCCUGAUGCAGCACUUGUAGCAGCUUAUUCUGCGGGUUACAACAAGAGUAGUCAAGCGCACUCACUCUAA